GGUCGUCACUCGUUCCAGUUUCUUUCCACCUCCUUUCUUCCAGCUCAAUUGCUCUUGUUUUCUUUUUUUUUUCUUCCCUUCGGGCUCAUGAACUGGCUUAUUGACUCAUACAUAUAUUCAUUUUAUUUAUACUAAUACUCGUUCCUUUAGCCGUCGUCGCCUAAUUGUUGAGCACCUCGAAUCCAUUCAAAUCACCUCAGCCGAUCGGGCUUCCAUUUCUCUUAACGCUUUAUAUGGAUUUUUAAUAUCGCUUACAAUAAUUCAUAUUUCCUCUCUCAAAUCGCCUACCGUUGCGUCUCUGUUUUUAUACGAUCAACGCAAUAAUGAAGCUCAGCAUCUCAUCUCCCGCUAUCCUCCUUCUGCUACCCGCGAUUACGGCUGCACUCGCAGACCCAACUUCAAAUAAUGAAAACGUCAAGGAAUAUGCCGCCGUGGAGCGCGACGCCUCCGGGUCCGACGCAGUUGUCCCAGAUCUCGACGAACUCACUCCCAAGGCAGCUCCGAAAGGGACGCAGGACGCCCCCGUUGACGGCAAAGACGGCAGACCCCACGCUGGCCCAUGGGUAGAAACAAAUGCGGAACGGGACCGCAAGAAAUCAGGCACGGUGCCGUCAGCGGAGGAACAACCCCGACGAGACACCAAGUCCGCAGAACACCGGGACUCUGAUGGGCAACCCAUCCCCUACUCCAAUGACGGUGUGAUGGACGACCGUAACAGGGCGGCCCCGAAAGAAGGCACUCGAGGAACAGAAAAUGGCGUGUCUGGAAAACCCAACGGCAACCCCUAUACCACGGACAAAUCUCCAGACAGUCCGAAGGAGGCGCCUCCACUACCACACAGUGAAAAGCAGAAGCUCCCCACGACGGGAGACGACAGUGACGCCAAGGACACAAAGGGUUCUAGCACCGACUCGACUCUCGGUGUGCUUGAGAAACCCGCAGAUCUACCGAAUAAACCGCAUGAUAUUCCGCUUCCCAAAUCACCUACUACCAAAGAUAGUCCGGUCGGCCUUGAGAAAGAAAGCUCUUCGGCAACUGCUGGUGAUGGACUUCCAGAGGGAGAGAACGACGCAUUUCAUUCACUGCUCUUCUCUUUUACCAUGAUAAUUGUCUCGGAGAUCGGUGAUAAGACAUUUCUUGUGGCCGCUCUUAUGGCGAUGAGACAUCCACGAGUUCUAGUUUUCUCCGCGGCAUUCUCUGCGCUGAUAACCAUGACCGUGCUCUCCGCCCUUCUUGGACACGCUGUUCCCUCGUUGAUCCCCAAGACAUUCACCAAAUUUCUGGCAGCGGUGCUGUUCUUCAUUUUCGGUGCAAAGAUGCUGAAAGAAGGCCGAGAAAUGUCACCCGAUGAGGGAGUGGGCGAGGAGAUGAGGGAAGUUGAAAUGGAGCUGGAAGAGAAAGAACACGAGCAACUGCGAAUGAACCGCCGCCGUUCCUCUGUAACGCCUCAUGCGUUGGAAUCCGGGCGUCUGGGUCGUAAACCCCGCUCGUCUGCGAAUCGUCUUCCUUCGCCGCCGGAGAGUCUAUCGUCCUCUUCUUCUCGCGAAUCGUCUCCUGGCCCUAGUCGACGGUGGAAUGACCUGCUUGUUGGCAUGAACAACCUGUUCUCUCUUCUUCUUAGCCCCGCAUGGGUGCAAACAUUUGUCAUGACCUUCCUUGGCGAAUGGGGAGACCGCAGCCAAAUCGCAACCAUUGCGAUGGCCGCGGGACAGGAUUAUUGGUUUGUCACUGUCGGUGCAAUCGCUGGGCAUGGUAUCUGCACAGCUGCAGCAGUCAUUGGAGGUAGUGCUAUUGCUGGUAAAGUCAGCAUGCGUGUUGUGACACUUGGCGGUGCCGUGGCUUUCUUGGUUUUCGGUGCUAUUUAUUUACUGGAAGCCUUUUUCUGGGAUUGAUCGUCUUGGUGAAUCUUACCAUGUGUAUUAGAUACUAUUUUACUGUAAAGUAUGGGCAUUGGAAUCUUCUAGCGAAUUGUAUACCGUCAGCUUGCCAGCUACAUAUCCAAGAAGGGGAAAUGUCUCUUGAGUCCUGAAAGGCUACGCUCUUCAUGCGCUUCUCGUUGAUAAUAAGCGAUGGCACCAUUUAAGCUUUCCACUUAAAACGUUCCAGCUCAUACCAUUGUUGCUUGAUGCCUUGCACGCCGCUGAUACGCAAGCCGC